GGAUUCCGUUGUCAGCGGUUUUUGCUAACGCACGUGCCGGGCUUAAAUUCUCGACUUUGUGUGGUUUCUCCUGCUAAUAAUCACUGAGGAUUGAAUAUUUGUGUUGGUUGUGGGUUAAUAACCACUUAAGGCAGAUCUACAUUCGAUCCUCAUCUGAUCUACCCAGCUGAUUGCUCACUGGCCAAUUGUCUUCAUAAAGCGCGUGCCUUCUUAAACCUUGACGUUGGCGGAAUCAUCGACAACAUCGAUGGAGCCAUAACGCUUAAAGAUUGAUGUAUUUAUUUAUUUACUAAUUUUACUAUAGAUUUGGAAAUGAGAGUUGUAAACAAAUUGUAAACGAGUACAGUACAUCGAUUCUUCUGUAGCAACCUCGUCUGUGACGUAGCGGAGUACCUUCAGGAAUAUCGUCUGGUGCUUCGAUUUGUCGCAAGUCGCAAACCAGCUUGCGUGGGAAACAUGAAUAAAAUUGUAUAAUUUUGGUAUAACUAACUGAAUAAUCUUACCGGCCUGAAAUCACUAAAAAAACACAACGGAUGACUUGGCAGUUUGGCGUAGAGCUUUAGCCUGCCCAGAUAUAAAUAUCAGAAUGAAAAUCAAAAUAUUCAUUCGGAAUAAACUUGGAACUGGAAAUAACUCUAGUUAACUACAAGUAUAAUAGAUAAAAUUGAAAUGUUUACAAUGGAAAAUCUUUAUUGAAAAUACAUUAACAAUUUUUACAAGAAUAAGAACAUUAAGAUGCUAGGACACUGAGAAUAUAUCAAAAUAAGACAAUUUCAAGCUCUUUAUGCAUGAUGGAGUCUCGGGGAACAAUCAGGAGUCUACAAAUGCAAGAAGAGCUGUCGGAGAGUCUCAGUGACUCCACGCCAGAGUUGCGGCCAAGUGAUUUAGUGUUCACGGACCACAUGUGCAUCAAAGUUGAAGCCGAGUUCGUAGGGAAUGAUGACGAGUCGGACCAAGCGGGUACAAAUGAGACAGUUCCCUGCAAGAAUGAGACAGCUUGUGAAACUGACACAUUAGGAGACAAAGAAACGCAAGAGAAACAAUGUCCUCUCAAGACUAAAAGCCCUGCAAUUCCGAAAAAAGCUUACCAAUGUGAAACAUGUCAGAAAAACUUCUGCUCUUCAAGAGACCUGAAGACGCACCAACGGAUACACACUGGUGAAAAACCAUAUACGUGUAACGUAUGCCACAAAACGUUUGCUCACAGAAACUCUUUAAAACUGCAUAUGAGCCAUCACACCGGUGACAAACCUUACUCUUGUAGUGUUUGCGACAAACGGUUCGCCCUAUCGUGUCAUCUGAAGAGGCAUGAACGCCGUCACUCAGAUGACAGACCUUUUUCUUGCAAAAUCUGUGAUAAUAAAUUCACGAAUGCGAAUUCUCUUAAAUCUCAUGAAAGGAUACACUCAGGUGAAAGACCUUAUGUAUGUGGAAUAUGUCAAAAACGUUUCACACAGUCGAGCGCGUUGAAUCUGCACAAGAAAAACAUCCACGAUACAGAAUCGCACCACUGUGAUAAGUGUAUAAGAAAGUUUGCGCACUUAGAUGAGUUGAAAGAACAUCAAAAAGUCCAUACAGAUGAAAAGAGGUUUUCCUGUGACAUUUGCAAAAAGAAAUUUAAGCAAUUAUGCCAGUUAAACAACCAUAUUCGGAGUCACACGGGUGAGAAACCUUAUGAUUGUGAAACGUGUGGUAGAAGUUUCGCUCGUGUACUCUAUUUGAAGAAACAUGAAGAACGAGUACACAUCGAAGCAAAACCGUUUUGCUGUAAAGUAUGUAAAAUGUUGUUUUCGAAUUCGGGCAAUUUGAAGAAACAUGAACGCGUACAUACGGGUGACAAGCCGUAAUUGUGCGAAUUGUGUAGCAAAGUGUUUUCAGCUUCGGGCAGCUUGAAGCAUCAUAAACGAACUCGCACAAGAAAAGUACAUGUUGAUUAAAGGUGUUUUUUUUUAUAUUAUUUUUGACUUACUGCGGUAUUGGAAUGGCGUGACUUGCUGUAAAUCUGUUUAGAAUUGUAGUCGCCAUUUGCUUUAAGGUGGCUCGCCUAGGUUACCCGAAGCUCAGGCUGCGUUAGAUGGCGUUAAUCUGCAAAUUACCGGUCUUAUUUUUUUUGUGGAGUCGUACAGGCAUUUAUAUACUUUCAAUUAUGCUUCGCGAACAUUUAAUAUUAAAAUUGACGUAUUACAACAUACAUUCAACUUUUCAUUGUAACGUAAAUCCCCUUAGGCACUGGUCCCACGGCGAGCUAGUAAAGCGAUGAGCUAUCGGCUAUUUAUGCGACACAAGAUAGUCGUUGCCGUGUAAACAAAAGAAAGAGA